AUGACCUCGGCUACUCUCAUCUACAGUGCUGGUAAUAUUGCCCCUCCAAAGGUUUCGAGAAACAUCACGCAUAUCGAGCUCCAGAAGACUUCCUCGACUAGGCAAAACCUCGAUAGACCGCCAGAGACGACAACGUGCCAUUAUGAGAAAGGCCCAGUCCUCGAAUCAUCCACAUCAACACCGAAUCCCCCCAAUUAUCCCUCAGCUCACACAUCCCAAGAUAACGACCAAUGCCGCCUGUAUUAUUACGAGUUUGACCUAUCCACAACAGGGAAAAAUCAAGUUUCUCAUGAGUGGGCCCUAUCGGCAAUACCCUUCGAAUUCCCCUCUGCUCGCCCUGACUGCGAAAUGCAACAAGCUCGCUACGUAUACAGCUGCACUACAUCAUCAUCCUGCUUUGGUGUUGCUCUUGGAAAAGCCGUCAAGAUUGAUGUUAUAGCCAAGAUUGACACCAGGGCACUCAUUCAGAAAGGAAAGGAUAUGCAUAUCACGCCUGUCACAGGGUGUGUAGAUGAGCGAACAGUCAGCGAAAUCCUCGACGAGGAUAACAAGGAUGAUCCUAUACAAUGCUUUCAUCUUCCCAGAAAUCGCUUUGCCCAAGAGCCACGAUUCAUUCCUGGGCCAUCAUCAGACGAGGAGGACGGUGGAUAUCUCCUCUUUUAUGUUUUUGACGAGUCUCAGUUGACCAUAUCUGGCGAAUGCCCUCAAUCAGCCGUGUCCGAGCUCUGGAUCCUGGAUGCUAAGAGUAUGCGCAAUGUCGUGACAAAAAUUACGCUCCCUCAACGUGUGCCUUAUGGAUUGCAUGGAACCUGGUUUUCUUAUUCGGAUAUCGAGAAACAGAGGGAUGUCGAGACAUUUCGAAGUUUGGAACAACUCCGAACAAGGAAGCAUGAAUGGGUAUUCGGCUGA